AUGGGAAGAUCAAGAUAUUCGAGUGGGUAUACUGGUUACACAAGAUCCGGAUAUGGUCGAUCCUCCCGAUACGUUCGCGCUCCAGAGGGAGCUCCCCAACCUAAUCGAGUCGUUAGAAUCUCCUCUGGAAGAGACUACGGUAGGCAACGAAGAUACAAGGACGUUUAUCACAAUCUUGAGCUUUCAAUGAGGGAUCUUUAUUACGGCGUCACAUGUCCUGUCGUUAUGUCAAUAAGAACUUACAGAAGAAGCGGGCGUUUUGAAAACGUCGAUCGCGAAUUCCUCGUCAAUGUUCAAGCAGGAUCUGACGAUGGGGACCAAAUCAUUUUCGAACACGAUGGCGACGAAAAAUAUCGUUAUGCUCCUGGCCACGUGAUUUUCGCCAUACGAGCACUUCCUGCUACUUCUUGGACGAGGACGGGAGAUCAAUUAGAAGUCAACAUUCUGAUUGAUAGAAAUUGGGCUCGAUUCGGACAGCCUUUUGAAUACAGACAUUUGACAGGAACGCGCUAG